UAUAAAGGUCAUUUUCUUGUUAAAAGUGUUCAUUUUUGCCCCACCACCGGAAACUUCACUAGCCGUGAUUAUCGAGAUAUUACAUCUAAUUUGGGUUUGCCCACAGGGUCUGUUUAUCCCACAAGGGAUGAAACUGGCAAUUUACUUGUGACCGAGUAUGGAUUGUGCAAAUACAAGGAUCAUCAAACCUUGUCCAUGCAGGAAGUUCCUGAAAAUUCUGCGCCUGGUCAGCUCCCAAGAACAGUGGAUGUCAUAGCAGAGGAUGAUCUUGUUGAUUCUUGCAAGCCUGGAGAUCGUGUGGCUAUUGUCGGGAUAUAUAAGGCUCUUCCAGGAAAAAGCAAAGGCAGUGUGAAUGGUGUAUUCAGGACUGUGCUCAUAGCCAACAAUGUAUCUCUUCUCAACAAAGAGGCUAAUGCUCCAAUCUACAGCCCUGAAGACCUUAAAAACAUUAAAAAGAUAGCUGAAAGAGAGGAUACAUUUGAUCUUCUUGGUAAUUCACUUGCACCUUCUAUACAUGGACAUUCUUGGAUAAAGAAAGCAGUGAUGUUAUUGAUGCUUGGUGGAGUGGAGAAGAACUUAAAGAAUGGCACUCAUUUAAGAGGUGACAUUAACAUGAUGAUGGUUGGUGAUCCAUCUGUUGCCAAGUCUCAACUCUUGAGAGCAACCAUGAAUGGUGGCUUUUGUCAUUUGAUUCUACAGUAUGAUCGUUCACUUACUCCAACUAAAAAUAUUGGACUCCCAGACUCUUUGCUUUCUCGAUUUGAUCUCUUGUUUAUCGUGUUGGAUCAAAUGGAUCCUGAUAUUGAUCGCCAAAUAUCAGAGCACGUCCUUCGUAUGCAUCGAUUUCGUUCUGCUAUUGAUGGAGGUGAGGCAGCACAUGAUGGGAGUGUAAUUCAUAAGGACUUCUUGAGUACAAGAAGAAUUACGGAUACCUGCAGACCAGAGGCAGAUGCAUAUCCUGUCAACGAGGGUGCACAAUCUUUUCCUGACGGGUCUAACAAUAAUGUGUAUAUGAAGAAUACUCCACUGUCAUCAAACUGUAUGGGUGGCCAGAAUUCGUUGUUACAGACCUCAGGAUCACAACUUUUGGGAAGAUCAGCUGCAUCUCCUUCUGCUGCAACCAGCGCCACUUCUUUUGACAAUACAACAGCUUCACCAAUUCCAUAUUAUUGCACGGCAUAUGCUGAGCUCAGAAAUGCAAAUUCAAAUGCAAAGACUGGAGGAACACUUCCAAUAACUGCCAGAACUUUAGAAACCAUAAUACCUCUCUCAACUGCUCAUGCCAAAUUGAAGUUGAGCAGAAAGGUGUUCGAUGAUCCCACGUCAUUAACCGAGGAGGAGCUGUAUGAAUUGCGAAACAACUGGCAACUUAGUUGUGGGGAUCUAUUAUGGGUUUAA